CAUCAAUCAGUUUCGACCGUAGAUACGGUCCUCUGAGCAAAUAGUUGUCUUUUUCAACUGGUUCUGUUUCGAUUGAUUGAAAGUGAAGUCUCACAGAUGUUCAUGGACACGUGGGUGAUGUUUCUGUGGCUGAAGUGCAGUGCUGUACUGAUCCGACUGGGGGCACCCAAGGAGGAGGAGAAGAAAAAGCUAAUUCGGGAGUUUGAUGAGAAACAGCGCGAAGCAAAUGAAACGCUCCGGGAAAUGGAAGAAGAACUGAAGUAUGCACCUCUACCGUUCCGCAAUCAAAUGAUGAGCAAAAUCCGGGCAUACAGAAGGGACCUCUCCAUGUUCCAGAGGGAGAUAAGAAGCACAGAUUUGGGAUUAGGCCCCGGAAGUCAAGGGGAUAUGAAAUAUGGAAUCUUUUCCACAGAAAAUGAACAGAGUACUAAUCUGCAGUCACAGAGAGUGCUGCUUCUCCAGGGAACAGAUAGUCUGAACCGAGCCAGUCAGAGCAUUGAGCGCUCACACCGGAUUGCUGCUGAAACAGAUCGGAUUGGCACUGAUAUCAUUGAAGAACUUGGGGAGCAGCGAGAGCAACUGGAACGCACCAAGAGCAGAUUGGUGAAUACAAGUGAAAACUUAAGCAGGAGUCGUAAGAUUCUGCGUUCCAUGUCCAGGAGAAUAGCCACUAAUAAGUUGUUGCUGUCGAUCAUCAUCAUCCUGGAACUAGCCAUCCUAGGAGGUGUGGUCUACUACAAGUUCUUUCGCAGUAGAUGAACCUUUGUGACUUUGUUUUCCACUGCUGAGGAGUAGGAUGGGAUGUCUUCCCUGUGAUUGUCUAAAACUGAACUAUCUCAUAAGACAGCAUGCACCGCUGAAACUGUCCUGACACGGGAAAGACAGUGAAAGGAAGUAAAAGGAAAAUACAGAGACAGACUAGCAAACUACUGGUGAGAUUACAGAGAAGGUAAUAAAUAUUUUAUUGCCUCAAUUUGUAUAUACUUAACUAAAUGAAUAAAUCUUCAUAUGUAAUACAGUAGCCACUGAUCAAGUGGAAAAACUACUUUUAUUUAAAAAUUGACAAGUUAACAGUA